AUGGGUUGUGCAGCUCAAACAAAAGUUAUCAAUGAAGAUGAAAUAACCUUUGAUUUCGAUGAGUUAAUCAUUUAGAAUGAACAAUCAAUUCUUGAAAUUCAUUCUCAUGUUGAACCCAAAGCCUUGUUAUUACGUACGUAAUAAAUCCUUCUUAUGGAUAAAGGAGAUGAUAGUUUUUAUGUUUCAAAUAAAACUCCAGAUAGUACAAAUCCAACUAGCUAUUCAAAUUAUUCAGCUAUGACUUCUAAAAAGCCUUGUUUAAAACUGGCAUUUAAUCCAGAAAUAUAAGUUAAAGAUAUUACAGAAAAGAAUGUUCAUUUUGAUAAUAAUAUCAAAGUAGUUUUUGGAGAUAAAGUGUAUUUAUUUAGAAAAGUAAAAAAAACAAAACAAAAGUGUUAAAAAAUAAAUCUUGACGAAAUCUUUUGA